AUGCGGGUGAUCCCCGCCGGUCAUCGCGAGCCGUCUGUGCACGCACGGUUGCUACUGGCGGUGUUUGACUCCGUUCGAUUGGGUGACAAAGACGGAGGCCGAGUGAACGAGUCGGUAAUCGGCGGGAGUGGUUCAGUGAGCGAACUUAUUUCGGUCCCUGGGUCCUCUAUGAUGGCCCCCGAGCCCCCUAUGAUGGCCCCCGAGCCCCCUAUGAUGGCCCCCGUAGCCUCUGUAAGUGGGGGGCUGAAACGUAAGGGGGGUAAAGUGGCCGGAUCGAAGGAGGCAAAGAAGCGCCGGUCCAGACCAGAGGAUAUGUUUGGCAUUUCGUGGUUACGUGAGUAUUGGGCGCCAUUGAAUCGUUCUAAGUACGAGGAGUUACGUGGAUGGUGGGCUGGUCGCUAUGGAUUAACAGUAAGAGGAUUAUUUGGUCUAGCUGGAGACUCAUCUGAGUUUGAAAGUGAGGGGUGGACUUUGGCGGUUGAAGGGAGACGAUCAAGACAUGCUCCACGUCCAUUGUAUGCUCCAUCGCUUGGUCGUUUGACUAGUUUUGCUCGUUCAUGUUGUUUAUUUCGAAGUGAAUAUGAUGCAUUUGCUUCACUGUAUGGAUCGUUGGAAUCGAAGUCAUGGGAAUCCCUUAAGAGUAUUAAGUUACAUGAUUUUGGCAGGUGUAACCUAGCGUAUGUAGAGCUAAGCACGAUUAUUACCAUGUUCUUCGACUGGCCGUAUGGUCACGUCGAUCGAUCAUUAGAGCACACACUCGCACGCGAUAUUCCUAAUCCUCGCAAGCGGCAUCAAUGGAUUACCGGAUGUCUACUUAGCUACUCAAAAACACCUCUCAACGAUCUCGUCAACUUCUGCGUAAACGCACUCAAGUACAAACCAAUACCAGGUAUUACUGAAUGCUUCAAAUUCAGCCAAGUACCUCUCAGGACAUAUCUUAGACGAACUGCUUGUCCUCAAGCCGCAGAACAGCUCCUCAGAAACCUCACCAGAAUGCCCACCGUUACACCCGCGGAGUUCAUUGAACUACAUACCCGCCGAUCCCAUCAAGCGAAACAAGACAAACGCGGCAACGAACUCACACCAGAAAACUUUUCGGAAGCUGCUGCCUCCGAAGCUGCUACCUCCGAAGCUGCUGCCUCCGAAGCUGCUGCCUCCGAAGCUGCAGCCUCCGAAGCUGCAGGCAGGAACCUCGUAGCUGCAGGCCGGAGCCUCUUAGCGGCAGACCAGAACCUCGUAGCGGCAGACCAGAACCCCGAAGCCUUAGCGGAUGAUCCCGUGUCUGCGGAGGCCGGUGUCAAGGAGUCGGCAAGGGCAUGGGAAAGGGAGGCCCGGUGGUUCUGUCGUUAUUGGGAGCCAUUCGAUGAAAAGGAGUUCGCUUCCUUAAAAGGUUGGCUUAAUCACCGUUUAGGUGUAACACUGCGGUACAAGUUUUUACGCGCUAAGUCGCACGCUGAAUUUGAAGAGGAUGAAUGGUCCACAAUAUUGGAUACGUCAGUGUAUGUUCCAUCGUUGAGUACGAUGACAGACUUUGCAUCGAGGUGUGAAGUGUUUGAUAGUGACUUUGAUGCUCAUUUGAAGCUGUUGAGAUCAUUAUCGGUAGACUCGUGGAAGCGGUUUAGAAGUAUAAAGGUAAAGGACUUCAGUUCAUGUCGAAUGGACUACUUGGAGAUGGGUGCGAUAGUAUUGAUGUUCUUCAAAUUACCGUAUGGUACAGUAGCACCUCAAACGGUUAGUCUCGGUAAUGGUAGAGAUCGCCUUGUAUGGAUCACUGGUUGUCUGUUACAGUACGCACAGGUUGCUAUUUCGGAGUUAGUGGACUUUUGCAUAAACGAGCUUAAGUACAAGCCCCGUGACAAUGGAGUACUAGAAUGUCUUGCAACGACCAAGACUCAGUUUCGUACAUACAUCCGAAGGAAACUCAGCGAUUUAGGAUCACAUGCCCAGCUCUUGGCAAACGUGGCCAACUUACCAGUAAUUUCUGCACGCAGGUUCAUGGAAAUAAAACGAGCAAAGGAAUCGCCGUUUAACUCUAGUUCCGUUCCCUCCAACGAAGUGCAGCUGGCUACUGACGAGACGUUACCGGACACGGACACAGAGGACACCCAACCGAUAAACACGUUGCCGAAUGACAACGUAACGCCCGAACAAUGUAGAGCGUAUUGGGCACAUAACUACUGGCGCCUUCUCGAUGCACGCACGUACAGUCUGUUGAAAGAUACUUUUGACUUACCUGCAGCGGACGUAAGUCAUCAUCGUGGGGGGUAUCAAGACAGAAGUUAUCAAUUUUCGGCUGACGAGGAAUAUCCCUGGUGGUCUAAAUUAAGAGCUGCAAGAAGCGGUAUGUACAUACCGAUGUUAUGUAAGGCUACGAACUUUGGUUUUCAAUGUGGUGGUGAGAUGCUGCAGGAUGGAUAUAAGUCAUAUCUAUUGUUGCAUAGUUCGUUAUCUAGUUGGGAAGGUCUAAGAAAAAUUCGGCCUGGUGACUUUGAAUCUUGCAGUUUAGCUUACGUUGAAUUAGCGACCAUAAUUUCCGCCUUCUUCGUUUCACCGUAUGGGCUUGUAGAUGAAACGAUCAUAGAAACCGUCGCUCGCAAGAUGAAUCGCAGAUCCCGUGGCCGACGAUUGCGCUAUUGGAUCCAGGGAUGCCUGCUACAAAAGUCAGGCACGUCCGUUGGUAAUCUUAUCCACUUCUGCAUUCUUAAACUUCGGUACAAUCCCAAGGCUCCCCCAAGAAUACCACACCCCAACUUUGGAUCCAACCGGCUGGAAUGCCUAAGACGAACCACCUCAUUAACCACCCAACGAUACAAGAACAGACCAUGCUACAAUGAUGAGACCCGACGAUCUAUUCUCUCCGAACUAUUAGCUGGACUACCCGUCGUCACAGCCGCAGAAUUCGGGAACAUGAAGGCAUCAGAACGAGGCUCGGAAACAGUGACUGUCUCAACAACACGCGUUGUCUCAACAACACACGUACAGGCCUCCGGACCAGACCCAAUCUUAGAACCACAACUAGCCGGCGACGAACCACAGGUGGCCGGCGACGAACCACAAAUGGCCGGCGACGAACCACAGGUGGCCGGCGACGAACCACAGGUGGCCGGCGACGAACCACAGGUGGCCGGCGACGAACCACAGGUGGCCGGCGACGAACCGAUUGUCAGCCUCCUGUCGAGUCUGCAGAUGAACAGUGAGGAAAUAAGACGGGACGCGACCUCGGCCGAAGACCGAAUACAACCUCCAGUAUUUAAUCGCGACAACGAUGAGUCGAUCCUGCAGUGGUCUCAACCGUUGGGCGGUGACGGUUGGAAUUUACCGGAUAUCCUCCCGUCGUUAGAAGCUGAUCAGAUGCCAGAUGCACCAGGGGAUCAACCUCAUCAGGAUCAAUAUUGGGACCGUUUAGACGCUUGGGAUUGGUCAGAUAUUCUCCCGUCAUCCGGACAAGAAGAGCCAGACAACACAGUUGAAUCAGCCAUCGAUACUGAAUUUUGGCAGCGGCUUUUGGGCCAGCCUUGA